CGCCACACCAAGCAUCAUCAUAGAAUAGAGUAUAGAAUGGCAGUCGACUCUCUACCUCAACUUUAUCGACUUUGAGAAGGUCUUUGACAGCGUCUACCGAGAGGUAAUUUGGAAACUGCUUCAAUACUACGGAAUACCGUAAACCUUUAUCAGCCUCAUUCAACAACUAUAUGAAGACACUACGUGCCAGCCAAGUAAUUGACAAUGGGAAGCUCAGUGAUGCUUUUGAAGUGAAGACAGGAAUGAGUGAAACAAGGCUGUCUACUAUCACCCAUGAUAUCCCUGAUAGUGGUCGACUGGACUGAAUUAUGCAGCAAACAGUGGGGAGCUGUGAGAAGAGGGGGAUACGCUGGCUGGACUGCGGAAAAGAACCUAGAAUAUCUGGAUUUCGCCAGUGAUGACUUGUGUUUGAUGUCACACAAACUUGAAGACCUACAGGUGAAAACUGACAAGUUGUCAGAAGAGGCAGGGCAGCGAAGACGAGACUUCCUUCAAGUGAAUAUAGAGAAGACAGAGGUGAUGAAGAUACCACACCAACAACUCCAACAACAACAACAAACUGCAGUCACCAUCAACGGGAGGAACUUAAAGCAAGUAACCUCCUUCACCUAUCUAGGCAGAACUGUUUCAACUACAGGUGGCACAGGCACAGACGAGGAUGUCAAAGUCAGAAUCGGAAAAGCAAGACAGGCGUUCAAUAACCUGAAACCAGUGUGGAGAUCUUCUGAACUGCACUCAGCAUAAAGCGUGAGCAAGAUCCGGAUUUUCAACACCAAUACAGUCAAGUCAGUGCUUCUGUAUGGUUCAGAGACUUGGCGCGUUACGGAAAGGAUUUCCAGUAAACUACAG